CAAAUGAAAGAACCAGAAGAAAACAAUCACGGAAAUCUUGUGUGCAGUCGAUUCAUCGUUUCUUGCUAUGAUUUUGGGGAGGAGAUUGGAAACUCUUCUAAAAAGCAAUUUUAUAAACAUUUUUGACAUCCAAAACUACGCAAAAUUCCUUGUCGGAAAUCAAGGUUAAGGAUUGACAUGUUUCUAGAGAACUUAGCACACAUAAUGUCUGCACUUUUUUUCUGGUAUACAUCAUCAAAGUGUGAAGCUGGAGGAGGAUGGCUCAUCGCCUAGCUGUUCUGGUCCAGCUAAUGCAAUGGGCAGUAAGUCUGAAUGCCAGAAAGAUGAUGCAGCUGUGGAGCAUGUCUACUGCAGAGGUGCUGUCACAGAGUUGCUUAAGUAUGGACACAGAAAUCUGCACACAGCUACUAAAAACUCCAACUCACCUCAAGUACUCAUCCUUGUUAUCCCAGGCAACCCAGGUGUAGUGGGAUUUUAUAAGACCUUCAUGUGGACAUUGUAUCAGGCAUUUAACAAGCUAUACCCAGUCUGGGCUGUGAGUCAUGCCGGGCACUGUGCACUUCCAGACACGAUGGAUAUGGUUGAAGAUGCUUCGGUGGCCGAGGCAGAGGAUGUGUUUGGCUUGAAUGGGCAGAUUGAGCACAAACUCGGCUUUCUCUUGGAACACGUGCCCCGAGACACACACCUUAUCCUGAUUGGUCACUCAAUCGGCUGCUACAUCAUUCUGGAGAUGAUGAAGAGAGACCCAGAGUUAAAGGUGGUGAAGUCUGUGCUGCUGUUCCCCACUAUCGAACGCAUGGCCUCAAGUCCGCAGGGCAAGGUCAUGACUCCUGUGCUGUGUCACCUGCGCUACAUUGUCUACUUGCCCAUUUUCCUUCUCUCUCUCCUUCCCGAGAGGCUGAAGGCUGGCAUGGUGCAGAUGGUUUUGAGGAACAUGCAUUCACUAGACACAUCCUGUGUCCCAGCAACCCUCAGCUUGAUCAAUGUGGACUGUGCUGGAGGCUUGCCAACAAAUGCUAUGUAUAUGGGGAGUCAAGAAAUGAGGAUGGUGCUAGAUCGAGAUAACCUGACCAUACAGCAACAUCUUGACAAGCUUAUUUUCUACUACGGAGCCACAGACCACUGGUGCCCUGUGCAGUACUUCCAGGAUAUUCGAAGAGACUUUCCCGAUGGAGACGUUCGUCUGUGUGAGCGCGGUCUGCGCCAUGCAUUUGUCCUUGACGCGGGUGAAGAGAUGGCUAACAUGAUCACCGAGUGGAUCCGUGGUGACCUAAGAGGAUUAUAGUACUACUAGAAUCAAAGCAAACCUGACUAAUGACAUACACAAGCUCAGUAUUCCAGUCCAGUUCAAAAUGACUUGCAUUACAAGACCUUUUAAAGGCCUUUAUUAUUAUGGUGCUGAAACUCAGCAAUCAAUUCCAAUGAAAAUGCACAGAUUCUCAAAUCUGUGCCUUAAAAUUAAAAAUAAGACUAAGAAAUAAGCUUAAUAAGUGAUGUUAUUAUGCUCUACCCUAAACAUAUGAGUAUUCUGAUUUUAUUAAGACUAGAAGCAUAAAUGGAAGUUUAUUGUUUUAUUUGCUUGUUUGUUUUUAAUAAGUGAUUGGAUUUUGUCUAUAAUCGUUAAUAGUUAAAAACUAUUUUUUGUCCGAUAUAAUAGCAGGAUUUAUCCUAAGUGAAGUAAAUAAGCAUGUUUUGAGACCAAAGUUGUCCAGAAGUUAUAAUAAAUCAGAUCACAACAGGAAACAAUAUGAUCUGUCAUUGAAACAAAGAUGCAUUACUAUAUAAUAGAAAUGUAAUUUAAUAUUGAUGGUUGUAUUUAUGGUUUUCCAUUCAUCCAUAAUAAAUUAUUAUAUUAUA